GUCGCCCCGGAAGCGGAAGUGCGGAUCCGGCGGAUGGGGAAGAGACUGCGGCCGGGAGGAUGGAGAACCGUCCCCUAGCAACCUGUGCAGGCGACCAAGCCCUCUUCUCCUCUGUUUACUCAAUACUCAUGCAGCAACUUCCACGAGAGCCAAUGGAAUGGAGAAGGUCCUAUGGGCGGCCACCAAAGAUGAUCCACCUUGAAGCGAAUUUUGUUCAGUUUAAAGAAGAGCUGAUACCUAAAGAAGGAAACCGAGCGCUUUUAACCUUCCCUUUCCUGCACCUAUUCUGGACAGACUGCUGUGACACUGAGGUUUACAAAGCAACUGCAAAGGAUGAGAUCACAAAAUGGCAAAACAUUUUAAAAGCUUACAGCAGCUCUGAUUGGCUGAUUGUUGUUGUGGAGAGUGAUGCCAAAAAAAAGAAUAAAACCAACAUUCUCCCGCGGACAUCAAUCGUCGACAAGAUCAGAAAUGACUUCUGCAACAAACAAAGUGACAGAUGUGUAGUGCUGACAGAUCCCCUGAAGGAUUCUUCCCGCACUCAGGAAUCUUGGAAUGCGUUCUUCACUAAGCUCCGCACUCUGUUGCUUAUGUCAUUUACCAAGAACCUGGGAAAAUUUGAGGAUGAGAUGAGAACCAUGAGAGAGAAGAGGACAGAGGCAGGCUGGAGUUUCUGUGAAUAUUUCAUGGUUCAGGAAGAGUUGGCGUUUGUGUUCGAGAUGUUGCAACAGUUUGAGGACGCCCUAGUGCAGUAUGAUGAACUCGAUGCACUCUUCACACAAUAUGUGGUCAACUAUGGUGCUGGAGAUGGAGCCAAUUGGCUGACCUCUUUCUGCCAGCCGGUUCGAAGCUGGAAUGGGCUGGUGCUUCGCAAACCAAUCGACAUGGAGAAGAGGGAGCUGAUCCAGAAGAACAAGGCCACCCUGCUGGAUCUGCGUAGCUAUCUAUUCUCAAGGCAGUGCACUCUGCUCGUCUUCCUGCAGAGACCGUGGGAGGUAGCACAGCGAGCCCUUGAGCUUCUACACAACUGUGUCCAGGAGCUGAAGCUGCUUGAGGUCUCUGUUCCAAUUGGUGCCCUGGAUUGCUGGGUCUUCUUGAGCUGCCUUGAGGUCCUGCAGAGAAUUGAAGGCUGUUGUGAUCAAGUCCAGUUGGAGAAUAAUUAUUGCCACACUGUCGGACUUUGGAGUUAUGCUACAGAAAAGUUGCAGUCUCUGGGUUACCUGUGUGGUCUGAUCUCGGAGAAAGGACCAAAUUCCGAAGAGCUGAACAGGACGGUGGAUGUUUUAGCAGGAUUGGGAGCUGAGCACCCUGAAACCGCAAACAGCCCACAGAGUCCAUAUAAGACCCUGAAUGAAGCACUGUCAUCUGUUGAGGCUUUUGAAAAGCAUUACUUGGAGCUUUCACUUACUGCCUUCGAUAUGUACAAAACCAUUGGACAAAUACGCUCAGCUCAGCUGCUAGGGAAGGAUCUUGCUGAUUUCUACAUGCAUAAAGGGGAGCCUCAGAAAGCAUCAUUGUAUCUCCAGGAGGCACUGAAGACGUACCAGACUGAAGGCUGGACCUUGCUAACUGCCCACACCAGGAAACAACUGGCAGAAUGUCAGAAACAGCUUCAGCAGACCCAAAACUACCUCCAGACCAGCAGCUUGCUGGCUAGUGACAGCAAUCUAACAGAUACAGAACGUGUCCACUUCUGCCAGGAGAUCCUGGAUCUGGCUCAGCAGCCAGUUAAUGGGCAAGAUGACCGCUUCGUGCUGCCAAUGGAUGGGUUUGUCCAACUGAAGAGGUUAUGCUUCAAUCCAGCAUGUGCUGUGGUGCAUGUGGGAGGAUACUUGGACAUUGAGCUGACUGUGAACAGCCUCAUGCCUCUCCCCAUGCACCUCGAUCAACUCUCCAUUCACCUGCAUCUCACUGUGAGCAAAGACCCAUCCAAGAGAAGCAAUGAAUUUGGGGGCCGCAGUCGGAAUGCAAGUGGGAUCUUCCUGUUCCCAAGUGAGCCCAGUGGCAACACUUUCCCCCGGAACAGCCAGCCUUCUGUGGAGCUGUAUGAGCUUUAUGACCGCAGUCUGUCAGACAGUUCACUCAACUCCAGCGGCAUCAUCUGCAAGAACAUGCACCUUCUGCUGCGGAGGCAGGAGAGCAGCAGUUCCCUCGAGCGACCCUCUGACCUGCCUCUGGGCGAUGCAGCACACACUUUACGCACCAGCAAUAUCCUGCUGCAGCCAGGAGCCAACAUCAUACACUUCAACACUCAGGCUAAGGAAGCUGGGAUUUACACCCUGCGCCAGCUCUCUGCCUCUCUGGGAAUAGUGCAGUUCACUCUUCCUCACAUCUAUCCAAUCAUUCAAUAUGAAGCAUACUCUCAGGAACCUCAGCUCAAAGUAGAGCCAAUGACCGACAGCCUCCUAGCGGGUAUUUCUCAACAAGUGAAGUUCACCAUCCAGACAGGACAUUACUCUGUAAAGAAUGGAGACGCGCUGCAGCUCAGUAUCACUGACACACUGCCAAUCCUGCACUCAGCGAGCAGCACUGCCACAGUCUCAACCAAUACUGGGGACAAAGUCUCUGAGGCUCCGUUAUCCAUCCAAUCGUCUGGAAAGAUUACCAGUAUAUCUCUGCCACUGGCUGCUGCCUACCAUCAGAUAGAGUUUGAAUUACGCGUCAUCUGUCACCUGCCAUCCACACUGCCCACCCCCCCAGACUCCGAGAAACCCAGUGCCGAAAUAAAGACAAUUCGCAAAGGACUCGAGAAAACUAAAGUGGAUGGUCCUUGUAUGACCUCCAUUGAACAGAAGAUCACCGUCGACUGCCCAUGGUCCAUUUACUCUUCCCUGGUCUCCCUGACCUUCAACAUUCCGUUCAAUGCUAAGCACUCGCUUCUAUCAUCGGGCCGAAGGAAGUAUCUGCAAGUGUGUGUUCACAACCUGUCUGAAAUUGGGUUCCAGUUAUUUGACCCUCAGCUGGAAGAAGUCACUAAGUACUCAGACCUGACCUUUGUGUCACUGAAUUGUCUCAAACAGCAGCACAUUUACAGCAAACAGGCCAUGUUCUUCCUGUGGGAGUUAAAGUGGAGCCAGGAUCCGGGAACCUCUCUUCACUGCCAAUUCAGUGUGGCCUUCACACCGCUAACAGGCCAGGAACCGGGCUUGAUUAAACCGUUCACCUACGAGCUUAAACUGGACAAUUUCUGUACAUUGUAUGAUGUUAAAGCUGAAAUCUUCCCACCUCUGGGAGCUGAGAUGUGUAAAACAGGAACCCUGUGCAAUCUGGAAGUGUCGAUUGUGCGUCUGUCUGACCUCACCGAGGUGGAUAAGGAUGAAUCUUUGGUGGACUGUGAUGGGUAUUGUACCACCAAGCUGAUGUAUGAAGUUGUCGACAACAGCAGUAACUGGGCAGUGUGUGGUAAGAGCUCGGGAGUAAUUUCCAUGCCAGUUGCAGCCCGUGCCACUCACAAAGUGCACAUGGAAGUGAUGCCUCUGUUUGCUGGAUUUCUCCCAUUUCCUGAUAUCAAGCUCUUCAAGUACCUCCCAUUCCAGCCCAGCCAGUCUGGACAAAUGGAGACAGAUAAUUGGAUAGAGAACGACACCUUGUCUGUGGACAGAAACCUUGAUGAGCAGGUCGAGAGCAGUAGUAUGAGGAGCCGAGGUAGCAGCCAUUCGUCCAGCAGCAAUGAGCACCGUGGUGUCCCAAUGCCACGCUUGUUACCAUUCUCCAGUGGCCAAGUCUUCAACACCAGCUCCAGCAUGCAGAUCCUUGUCAUCCCCAGCCAGGACGACCACAUGUUGGAGGUUAAUGUGACGUGACUGGGCUCUGUGUUUUGCCAGCAGUCUGUCAUGUGAGAUGAUGGGGCUCUGUCAUGUGAUCAUGUUAUGUAAUGUAAAGUGACGUUGUGCUGAUUUAUCAUUGGGGUUCACUGUACCAUUUACAGGACAGCAAUGUGUCACAUGACAGUGCCCUAACAUAGCAUGACAGGAGCUGUCUCUCACUUGUAAAUUCUUCUGUACAGUCAGCUCUGUGGGGAGUGGUGUUGUAAUUAUGUUCUGUCUUUGUAUCAGUUAUGCCGAAACAUUCGUGACUUUCUUAUAAAUAAGGAAGAAAUGAUGUGAUUUGGUAUAAAAGUCACUCUAUGUGAGCCAUUGAGCCCCUCAGACAGCCCAAUGAAACCCACUCAGUCCCUGGGCACCAGCUGCCCACUCCCAUCCUGAUAUUCUGGGAUCAGGAGCAAUUCUGUGCCAGCUCCGUUAGAUUCCAACUUCUACUUUCCCAUUCUUCUUGUGAGCGAGAUUGUAUCUGAGACCAGGGCAGUGCAGACUGACACAUCCAGUCUGUGAGCAGUGCACCAAGUUGGCCUCUGUCACUAUUGUUCUCACAGCUGACCACACCUCUGUGUGAUCGUUCCCCUUCCUAUUGCCUCCUGAUGGCUUUCGAUUGAAAUGAUUUCCAGUUCAAUCUGUGGUCUAAUUGAAUACUUCUUUAUUUAUUUACAUAAUCCUUAAUUUUUAAUCCAGGUUUAAUUAUAUAAAUAUAUGUGUAUAGAGAGAGAGAGAGAGAGUAAUAUAAACUUUCAGAGCUUAUGUUGUGAGUGGGUUCUGGGGCUGCUCAAAUGAGCUGAGGCUGGAAUGUCUCAACGAGAGCUCAUUUACCUGUGACAUCCCCAACAGCUCAAUGUGUGGGGCAAUUUGAUAGCAGCUGGGGACUUUUGUAAAUAGCUGGGAAUUCGGUCAGGGGCUCAGUCAACACCUCGGGGUUCAGUAUUUGCACCCAAUAAAGAGAUAAUCUCUCAGCUUGGCAUCCCUGUCAAUUCAGCCUUGCUUUACUUGUGCUGAGAGCAGGGAAAAUGUGGAUGUGAAUUGUGAACAUUAUAUAAACAUCAGCAUCCUCGACA